CAAGUCUGAGCGUAUCGAUUAGCAUACCAACAAAAGUGGGUUGGUUCUGUAGUAGUUACCUACAUAGUCCUACCUGGUUUGGAGAAACACAUGACAUCACGUCUCUUUCAUGACGUUAUAGGCUGCCGUUGUUACAUCCUUAUAAACCAUUGCCAGCCAACCCACUCUUCUCCCCAAAAAUAUAUUACUCAUUCCUCUACUCCUCCAGGUUUUGGCUCUUAGCAUAGUUGUUAAUCAAAGCCAACCGAAACCCACAUCAUGCCUAACGAUAUCGCAACCAGAGAGCUUCGCGAGCCAGUUGAUAUUGCCGAAUACCUCUUCCGGCGACUCCAUCAGGUUGGAAUUCGUUCGGUGCAUGGUGUUCCCGGUGACUACAAUCUUGUCGCUCUGGAUUACCUGCCAAAAUGCGGACUGAACUGGGUGGGCAACUGCAAUGAACUCAACGCGGGAUACGCUGCCGACGGAUACGCUCGAGUCAAGGGAAUCAGUGCCUUGGUCACUACCUUCGGUGUCGGAGAGCUUUCCGCACUCAACGCCAUCGCAGGAGCAUAUUCGGAGUUUGUCCCCAUCGUCCACAUUGUCGGCCAGCCGCACACGCGGUCGCAGAAGGAUGGGAUGCUGCUGCAUCAUACCCUGGGGAAUGGGGACUUCAAUGUCUUUGCCAGAAUGAGCUCGGGAAUCUCGUGCGCGAUGGGACGACUGAAUGAGACCCACGAAGUGGCAACGCUCAUCGAUAACGCCAUUCGAGAAUGCUGGAUUCGCAGCCGACCGGUCUACAUUACUCUGCCCACGGAUAUGAUUGUGCAGAAGAUCGAGGGCGACCGGCUCAACUCCCCUAUCGACCUCACUCUGCCCCCGAAUGACCCCGAGAAGGAAGAUUAUGUGGUGGAUGUCGUUUUGAGAUACCUGCACGCUGCUCAGAGGCCGGUCAUCCUGGUUGAUGCUUGCGCUAUCCGCCACCGCGUCCUUGAUGAAGUCCACGACUUGAUGGAAGCCUCCAGAUUGCCAACCUUUGUGGCACCAAUGGGCAAGGGAGCAGUGGACGAGACCCAUAAGUGUUACGGUGGUGUUUACGCGGGAACUGGGUCGUAUCCCGAGGUUCGGGAGCAGGUCGAGUCGUCUGAUUUAAUUCUGAGUAUCGGAGCCAUCAAGUCCGACUUCAACACCACCGGGUUCACCUAUCGCAUUGGUCAGCUCAAUACUAUUGACUUCCACAGCAACUACGUUCGCGUGCGGUAUUCGGAAUACCCCGACAUCAACAUGAAAGGCGUCUUGCGGAAGGUCAUCCAGAAAAUGGGCUCGGUCAACGCCCAACCACCGCCGCCACUGACGAACACCGUGCCCAACGAAGAGAAGUCUUCCGGUAACCAGGCGAUCACCCAUGCGUGGCUGUGGCCCACUAUUGGACAGUGGUUGAAGGCGAACGACAUUGUCAUCACGGAGACUGGAACGUCGAACUUUGGCAUCUGGGAGACUCGUUUCCCGCCCAAUGUCACAGCCAUCAGCCAAGUUCUGUGGGGAAGUAUUGGCUACUCGCUGGGCGCAUGCCAGGGUGCGGCUUUGGCUGCUAAGGAGCAUGGCCGCCGAACUGUGCUGUUCAUUGGCGACGGCAGUCUGCAGCUAACUGUCCAGGAACUUAGCACCAUGAUCCGGAACAAGUUGAACCCCAUCAUAUUCGUGAUCUGCAACGAGGGAUAUACCAUCGAGCGGUAUAUCCACGGCUGGGAUGCGGCAUACAAUGACAUCCAGCCGUGGGAUAUCAAGAGUCUUCCGGUGGUAUUCGGCGCCAAGGACCAGUACAAGGGGUACAGAGUUCAAACCAGAGACGAGGUGACCAAGCUCUUUGCGAACAAAGAAUUUGCGGAUUCGUCUGUCCUGCAGUUGGUGGAGCUCCAUAUGCCCCGUGACGAUGCCCCGCCGGCCCUGAAAAUCACAGCUGAAGCAGCGGCGAAGAGGAACAAAUGAAUGCUCGGCUAGGAGCUUGACGAUUGUGCUAGCAUGAUUGUCGCACUGGAGGUG